AUGGCAGAUCCCAGACUGUUCAAUUUCGGAGGUCCACCGAAGAUCGAAAGGAAGGACGAGGGCGAAGCAAAUCGCUCAACCCGACCCUGCUGGUCGGGAACGCUAGCUUCAAAGGCAGAUGCCCUUGCAGUGUAUUCCGAAGCAGUGCAAGACCCAGCCGCAGAAUGUGCGAACAUCGAAAGCAUCUACUGCGCAUCGCAGGAUCAAGACAGCGAGGUGCCAGAAGCAAAAAUUUUGAGGGAGGACUUUUGCAGCAGCGCGCUUGUUGCUCACCACUGGCUCUCAUUGGGUCCGGAAUACUCGUCCCAGGGCGUCGACAUUGAUUUAGCAGCUCUGCAACACAAUCAGAGGCUGUUUGGAGCGAGAGACGUGCGCAUCUUGCAAAGUUCAGAAUACGCACACGCUAAGGAUGCGCUCGGCGUCCAGCUCGACCCUUGCGACGCAACAUCGGGUGUGGAACACAGAAAUCCGGUUCAAGGCGCCUCCUGGGCACCUGGUGCCGCUACAGAUAGAUUCGACAGAAAGCUCGCCAAGAAGCUGGCACGCUCACAAAAAGAAGCCGCGCAGACCCAGCAGAGGGAUCUGCGUACGCAAAACGUUUCGCAGACGCCAUCAUCCUCUGUGGAUGCUGAGAAACCACGACUCACAUUGUUACACGCCGACGUCUUGAGUCUCCCUCUCUCGCUGCCGUCGCCUUUGCAAAUUCCUCCGCCUGACGUUGUGGCAUCGCUCAACUACGCUCUUUGCUACUUUCACGAUCGUGCAGGGCUAUUGGGCUACCUGCGGCAAGUCGUCAGAACACUUCGGCCUCACACCGGUCGCUUCGUGUGCGAUCAAUUCGCCGGUCCGCAAGGCAAUGAGAUCUACCCCGAGCAAGCGCCGCUUUGGGACAAAUUCGGCAGGGAACCUGGGUUCAUCAGGUCGGGAGAUCCGAGGCCCGAUCCCGGUAACGCGGACGUGCGGGUUUGGCGGAAUGAUGACGAGCACUCAGGCUCCAAUCCCGCGGACCAAAGUCAGCCCGAAAGUCGGGUUGGUUCUUCUUCAUCCUCGCGACACUGGCCCAGGGGCAAUCUGCUCCUAGUACGCAAGGGGAAAUGGACACCGAAAAUUGCUAACGGUACAUUCGGCGAAGAGCAAGACUUUGAGUAUUGGAGGGAAGAUGGGCCAGUGGACUACAUGACUAAUCGUUUCCGGAUGAGCCUCAGCUUCCGGUUCCAGGACGGUGAGCUCUUUUGCGAAGCGUUGCCAAUCUGUGCAUCUGCGCUAAUCCUGUGGUGCUACGUACCUUCAGGUUCAUGGCUCCGAGACGUGUUCGCAUACGACUUUCGCGUCUGGUCUCUUUGCGAAGUGAUCGAGGCCAUGCGUGAAGCUGGCUUUGCUAAGGUCACGGCGGAGGUGCUCCCUAGGGGCGCGGCGGACGCGCACACCAAGGAGGAAUCUGACUCCGAUUGCGAUUCCGGACCAGAAGAACAGUCGCCAGAUCAGGUGCACGGAAGAAGGAGUGAUGAUGGAUUGCAAGAUAUGGCCUCGCUCAUCAGGAGGACAGAACGAGAAGAAAGGAACCGAUCCAAUUAUGAGAUUGUUAGGGAGGGGGAAAUGGUUUUCGCCAAGAGAAGUUUCGCCAGUGAGUUCACGCUCUUGCGUUAACCAAAAGCGUCAGCAUGCUCACAUAGAUCAUCGGCCAUCUUCGUCCUGCUAGCAUAUGUCAUCGGGCACGCGCCCUGA